AUGAGGUCGCGCGAGACGAUGCCGAAAUCAACGGUAUCGUACCACAGCCUAGCCUCGGAUUACGAUAGAGACGCAGAGGAAGACGGCACGGACGCUCAAGAGGAGGAAGCGUACCGCAACGCGUUCAUCAACACCACGCACAGUCGGACAAAUCCAGGGUCGCCGGUCGAGGCACGCCGACAUGCCACGUCAAGGAGAUCCGAUAUAGAUCUUCGAGGCCGACUGCCGUUUAGACAUGCAUUAGAUGAGACCAGUGGUUUGUUGACGAGUGGAAUCGGCUCGCCUCGUGACUACCGGACACUGCCAGUCAGCGCCAGUGCCCCAGGAACGCCUCGAUAUGGGCUGAAGCGUAACCUCAGCUACGCCGGCAGUCUGCGUGGUCUGCGAAGUCGACACCACAGCCGGCGUGGUUCCUUUGGGCUGAGGCUGUCACGAGCACUCGGGACCGACCCCAACCAGACGGAACCAAACACACCUCACACGGCCAAGUCAACCCUGGCACUUGACGACCGGGUGUGGUACGAUCAGUUUACAUCCACCGACUGGGUGCAUGAUAGCAUAGCAGAUGCGUAUCGGGUGAAAGAGCUGCGAAGCAGGAAAGACUUGAGAGGAAGACUGUAUGCAUUUUUUGACGGAGCACAGGGUUGGGUGCUGGUUGCAAUCAUCGGAGUCAUAACAGCUGGGUUCGCAUACUUUAUCAACAUCACGGAGGCGACCAUCUUCGAUUAUAAGGAGGGACAUUGCACGACUGCGUGGUGGUUGAGCAGGAGGAAAUGUUGUGCUGGUGCGAGCUCCUGUCCGGAAUGGUGUAUGUGGUCGGAUGUCUUGUACAGCAAGGAUGCGGACAGUGAGAUGGUGAAUUUUGUUGCGUUCGUGGCGUGGGUCAUUGUGCUGUCUGCCGCUUCCUGCCUCAUCACAUUACAGACCAAGACUGUCAUCUCCUCGGCUGUGUCGCUGUCGACACUGGACGAGAAUCUUGGAGCCGAUCGACAGCAAGCUAAGGCAGACGGUGAAGACCCAAAGGGCAGCAUCACACCCAAGCAGCACUUCGAAGCAGCAGCUCGCAGACCUCCUGUUAUCUACUACCCGGCUGCAGGCAGCGGCGUGGCGGAAGUGAAGGUGAUACUCUCUGGCUUCGUGCUGCACGGUUAUCUCGGUCUCACAACUCUCGUCUGCAAGACGUUCGCAUUAAUUCUGAGCGUGGCCUCCGGCUUGUCGAUUGGGAAGGAGGGUCCUUACGUCCACAUCGCCACCUGUGUCGGCAACAUCGUGUCUCGACUGUUCACAAAGUACAGCACGAACGAUGGCAAGCGGAGAGAAGUCCUCUCUGCUGCCGCUGCUGCAGGUGUUGCCGUAGCCUUUGGAGCACCCAUCGGCGGCGUUCUGUUUAGCUUGGAGGAGGUCAGCUACUACUUCCCACCGAAGACACUGUUUCGGACUUUUUUCUGCUGCAUCGCCGCGGCGCUAUCCCUCAGGUUUCUGGAUCCGUACGGGACUGGCAAGAUUGUGCUUUUCGAAGUCCGCUACAUUAUCGACUGGAAGUUCUUCGAGCUUGCGGCGUUCGUACUUCUCGGUGUCCUAGGCGGCUUCUUGGGCGCUAUGUUCAUCAAAGCUUCAAGGCUGUGGGCUAAGACGUUCCGCCGGAUGACCAUGAUCAAGAAGUACCCCAUCUUCGAGGUCUUCUUGGUGGCUGUCACCACUGGCAUCGUUGGCUUCUGGAACCGAUACACUCGCCUGCCGGUUGCGGAGCUGCUGUUUGAGCUGGCUGCUCCUUGCAACGCCUUCACUGACGAGGGACUCGGGUUGUGUCCUACCGAAGAGAGGAUUCCGACCAUCAUGUGGUACCUCUGUGUGGCUUUUGUCGUCAAAGCUCUGCUCACAACCGUGACGUUCGGCAUCAAGGUACCUGCCGGCAUCUACGUGCCUUCUAUGGUGGUUGGCGGUUUGAUGGGACGCAUCGUGGGUCAUCUCGUUCAAUGGCUGACAUUGACCUACCCGGACUCGGUUCUCUUCAAGAGUUGUCCGCCAGUUGAUGGCAACCCAGAGUCCUGCGUGGUCCCUGGUGUCUAUGCCCUGGUGGCAGCUGGUGCUACAAUGUGCGGUGUGACGAGGUUGUCCGUCACUCUGGCCGUCAUCUUGUUUGAGCUGACCGGAAGUCUGGAGCAUGUGCUACCCUUCUCGCUCGGUGUGCUCAUCGCCAAAUGGACUGCGGACGCUUUAGAGCCUUUGAGCAUCUAUGAUCUACUGACAGAUAUGAAUGCCUACCCUUACCUGGACUCGAAGUACCGUCCAGUCUUCACGACCGACUUGGGUGAUAUCACAGCACGGCCGACGCGCAGCCGCUUCAUCGAUGUUAGCAACUCGCCGCUGAUACCAGCAAGACAGCUCCGAGCUAAAUUGGAACAUCUACACAUGGUCGGCGAGCUCGAUGGCGGCCUGCCAAUAAUUCGAGGUGGGAUUCUUGUCGGCCUGAUCCCAGGACCGGAUCUGGAGUACGCUCUCGACCGCCUCGAUGGCGAAGAGUCAGCCCUCUGUCUCAUGAGCGCACACGAUCGAUGGCAGGGCCCAGGCCGAGGCGUCAUACCCGGCGGCGAGCGUGACUACGACGAUGAGACGGACCACGAUGGAGCUGCAGAUGAGGCGCAACCACUCAUGAACACUCCAAACGCAGCCGAUCCGAUGGACUUUACUCCGUAUAUCGAUCCAGCGCCCGUGUCACUGGAUAUCGGCAGUCCGAUGGAUCUCGUCUUUGAGUGCUUUGUCAAGCUUGGGCUGAGGUACAUUUGUGUGUUGAGGGAGGGCAGAUUUGCGGGCAUGGUGCACAAGAAGGCGUUCGUGAAGUAUGUUAAGCAGGUUGAGAAGGAGGAGUGA